CUUGCAUGGUGCUUUCGUACAACCUGCUUCACCAUUUGAGAGGUUAGAAACAACUGAUGCCCUAAACUUUAGGAUAUGUCUAAACAAAUGAAACAUCUUGACGUUCCAAAUGGUCACCUGUCCCUGGCAGUCUCAGAUGGAGACUUGAACUGCCUUGAGGUGGAUGGGCGGCGUGGAAGCAGUCAGAGCCUGAACAGCAAUGCUAGCCGGCCCAGUGUGAAAAGUGGGGGUCAUCGUGGUGUUGAGGGGUCAGUGGCCAGCUGGGCGGUUUCCUUUGAGAGACUCCUUGAGGAUCCCACCGGGGUUCGCUACUUUACGGAGUUCCUAAAAUCAGAAGUUAGUGCUGAGAAUAUACUAUUCUGGCAGGCCUGUGAGAAAUUCAGACAGAUCCCGGCGGAUCGCAAGCAUGAGCUUGCCAGGGAAGCCCGGAUGAUUUACGACACCUACCUGUCUAUCGGUGCAUGCAAUGCUAUUAACAUUGAUGACACGGCCCGGAUGGAGGAGAGCGAGCUGGGGGACCCCAAGACAGAUAUGUUUGCAAAACCACAGCAGCAGAUCUUUAAACUCAUGAAGUUUGACAGCUAUACCCGCUUUGUAAAGUCCCAACUGUACCAGAGCUGCAUGCUGGCCAACGUGGAAGGAGGAUCCCUGCCUGACCUUUGCUCUGGCUUCAGGAGCCCAGAGUCUAUAAAAAGCCCAGCCAAUUACAGCCUAGCAUUGAGCGACUCCUCCAAGAAGAAGAAAAAACUAAAAGUGGGGGUAUCUCUUCCAUUUGACUCUGAGGACUUUGCAUCCAAAAAAAGAGCAACGCUGGACAGUCGACCGGGUCCAGAGAAAUCAAGCAAAAGGGACAAGAGGAGAGACAAGCGAGGCUCUUGGGGAGAAUUCUCUGACCACAGUCCGACGAUGGUAGGGCGCCGUGAGUCCCAGUGCUCCGUCCAUUCAGCUGCCAGCCUGGAGCUAGGACAACUUGGGUCCCUUUCCAACAAAUCUGAGAACGGCAGGUCCAGCCCUCGCUGUCAGGAUGCAGAGAAGGAGGGCCGCACUGUGAAGUACUGCUGUGUUUACCUCCCUGAUGGCACUGCCUCCCUGGCCCCAGCGCGCUUCGGGAUCACCGUCCGAGACAUGCUGUCUGGAAUCUGUGAGAAGAGAGGAAUCCCAUUGUCUGGAGUCAAGAUCUAUCUGCAGAACAAGGACAAGCCUCUCUCACUUGAUCAAGACAGCUCUGUCCUGAUGGACAAGCAGGUGCUGUUGGAGACGAGGAUAACAUUUGCGUUAGAGAUGGUACCUCUCAAUAAAACCAUUGGCAUUGCAGCUAAAUCCAGUAAAACAUUGCUUGAAGCUCUGGAACCCAUCGUGGACAAGAACGGCCUGAAGUUGCAGAAUAUGGAAGCUAGAAUUAGUGGAGAAAUGCAUCCUUUAAACAUGAACAUGCCAGUCACGCCCUUGGCCAACAAGAAAGUGGUUCUGGACAGAGUAAAAGGUGAAGGUAACGCACACCUCCCCUGUGCUCCAGUGAUCCAGGUUAAUGCAAGUGCAGCAGCAGCUGUGGAUGUGAAGGCAGCAGAAAUGUCCUUGUUGCCCAGAAACCAAAUCAGAGGGAACACCAAAGCCAGAAAUGCUAUGCAGAGGAGAACUUGCGAAAUGGACGGACUGAUCGAUCUUCUGUCAAAAGUGCAGAGCUGCCGAGUGGAUGACCAGCGGGGACUUCUGAAUAAGGAGAACUUGGUAAUCCCCCAGUUCCUGCAGCUGCCUGUGAAGGAAGAGGAACAAAAUGAAGAUGAGGGCACCAUAGCAGAGACAUCAGUUAGUUUGGGACCUACCAACAGCAUGGUCACGGGUGAAGGCUGCAGGCAGCACAUUGAAGCGAACGCAAAAACCAUCUCUGCAUCUUCAUGGUCUAAAGAGGCUCCUUCCAAUUAACUGCAUGCAAACGAACUACUAAACCACAGUGCUGGAGCAGACAAUGAUUCAGACGGACAACUCUUACAAAAACAACCAAGCAGCAAAGCGACAAACGGCAAUAGACCUUCAACACUGGAUCACUGUGCAAAAGCAGAAUAUGGUACUGAAACCGUUCCGUGACCGGAGAGACAGAUGGAACUUCGAUGCACCUUAAUAAAUAUAGAUUUCAUUUUAACGUUGACUGGUUUCGCUUUCUUUUUUGCUUUGACAUGAAGAUAUCCAGGCUUUUUAACUGCCGACCAGUGAAUUGUAUUUGAAUGAUCCUGUGUAGCACAGGGAAAGACCGCAGCAUUGAGAGGACAGUGAGGUUUUUAUUUAUUUAUUCUUUCUAUUUAAUCAUUAGACACACCCUUAGAACCAACCAGACUUGAAACAUUGUUAUUUUAAUUAGAGGCAGACCUGCCAAUCCUUGUAUACAUAUGAAGGCCGGUUUCAAUGUCCAGGAAUUCUUGGAGCGUAUUGCUAGAUAACAACUUUUGGACUCCUUUUUAUGAUGUGAAAAAGCACUUUGUCAAAAUUGAUCAAAAUCCCAACCUGAAGGUAAGUGCAGUGUCCUUUUAAUAGGAAAACAGAAGUCAUUAAUGUAUUGAAAGAUUAACUACUGUAAUUGAAGAAUGUGGUAAGAAAUACGUAAAUGUUAACUGAACAGUUUUACUUUAUUGUUCAAUGUGCUGGACACCAAUGCAACAUGUUACUCAUUCACAUCUUCUGUGAUGACACUGUUAGACAUGUGAUUCAAUUCACAUGUGUAGCCAACAGUAACACAAUCAGGGUUUUUUUUUUUUUUUUUUGUCGCUCUUCAGUUGUGGAAUCUACAAUAAACUUGUACUCCACACAAUUCACAACAAUGUAAAAAUGUUUACUUUUUUUUAGUUUGCACUUGGCUUGUGUUAACUUAAGAUUGUUCUGUUGUGCCACUGUAAUAUAGCAUUAUUUAGAUUUAAAUGCAACCAAUUAAAAAAAAAAAAAUAAUGUAACAUGUACACCUUGCAUGUCUAGUUUUAUCCAUCACUUAAAUUAAUCAUUAAUAUUGUUUUCUUAACACUUGUAUUAUAAAAUAAAUAACCAUUAUAAGAUUUGGGAGUGCACAGAAAAUAAAAUGUAAUUGGCAUUUUUAGUUGGUCAGUCUGUUACAUCCAGACAGAUGCCAUACUUUUAUUAAUUUUACACUACUCUAGCACCACCUUCAGAACAUUUUCAAAAGUUUGCCAUGGUACAUUUGCAUAGAUUUGUACACUUUUGGAAUUUGAUAUACUUUGACAUACCACAACAGGAAAUAUCAUGUUGUAGUAUUCACUAGAAUAAAGCACCCUUUUCAACUUCUCAAAUAACACACCAGCAAGAUAUAUUAGCGAAGCAUGAAUUUGAUUUUAGUUUCGGUGUAUUCCCAUAUCGACCACGGUGGUGUCAAGAAUGAACCAAGGAGCACCAGGAGAAAGUACUGUAAGAUGCAUGUGGACUUAAAGAAUAUAUUUAUAGUAUUGUUCUGUUUUGUUCUUUUAUUAAUUUACAUUUCUAUUGUGUAUGUAGUUGUUCCUAUUUGUAAGUUUGACACCAAUGCGUAUUUAUUUGUUACGAGAAUGCACUCGCGCAUUGCUUUCCUCUGGCAUUCCCAAUUUAUUCUCAGCCACUAUAUGUUCCUACCUCGCUACAUACUGUGUUUUGAAUACUUGAUAUUCUUUGAGGUGGUCUGGGGCAAAGCCUGCUUAAAUGGCAGCAAUUUUCUAUUUGAAAACCUACCGUUUGCAGGGAGUAGUAGACAUUUUUACUGUUGCAUAAGGAAGGGAUUUUCUGACUCUCUGAAAUGACAAGCAACUUGCUAGUGUAACAGAUAUGUUGGUUUUAUGUAAUACAUUUUUUGUAUUUGCACACUUCCUGUGUGAAGAGGUAAGUACCUAAUUGCUAGAUCUCACUGCAAUGAAUACCUUAUGGCAUGGGAACUUCACCAAGAUCCCAAGCCAAGGCAGCCUCAAUGAGAAUAUGGCACUGUGUGCAUGUUCAAUAUGAGGCUUUGGAAUGGUGCAGGAUGCUGUGCUGUGGGAGCCCCUUCAGUCUGAUUGAUUACAGCAGGUGGCUCCACUUGAUACCAGUGAUCACAAGGGGGCGCUUUGGCAGGAUAUGACAAUAACCAGGGUCUGUUUGUCAGGUCAUUCAACUAGAAUAACAUUUUUACAGUGUUUGAAAUGGCAUGAUGACUGUAAAUACUUUGGAAGUAUGACCGGUGAAACAAGGUUUAAAUUAUGUAUGCCUUUUCAACCACAACAGGGGUGUACUUUCUUUUGGUUUGUUUUGUUAACUUGAAUUAUAUAGAUAAUUAACUGCACUAAGGCACAAGGAGAAGAAUACUCCUAGAAUGUAAGUCAGUCAAAAGAAAUUGCUCAAUUUUCUAAAUAAAGGAGAUGCACUUAUGUUGUACUGCUGAUAAUGUUGUAGAUUAAAAUUCUGAACAUAAGCAUAUGGGCACAUAAAAGCAUAAUGUUUUAAAGCUAUCUUAUCAGUCAAAGAUUCAGAAAGAUGAUUGUUAUGGAUUGAAUCUAAAAUAUAAUGAAUGUACAAGAACGAAGCAUGCUUUUAUAAAUACAGCACCAAAAACCAUGCAACAAGCCAAACUAUUUUCUGCAAGGAGGUUGAUGUGAGUAAAUUGGAUAGGAGUCUCUGUAGGUGGUGGUAAUGCAUUGAAUGGGGUGGAAAAUUAGUAUACUUUAAAUGGUGAACUAUAUCCAGCUAGUUUUUGAGAACAGCUAAGUGUUUGGACAUUUGGUUAAUGGCAACAGCUACCUUUUUUAUUCAUGUUUCAUGUAUGCCAAUUUUAGCACCAAUGUUACUGUACUUCACCAUCAAGUAAGGUGGACCAAGAUUAGCAUUGCAUUGGGUCUGUUCAACAAGCAGAUUGUUUUGAUGGCAACCUAUGAUGGUCUUCUGUAAUUACUCUCCCGAUGUUAAAAUCUGUGUUGUACACCGGAGUUGCAUUUUCUUUUUAGCAGUCUCAUCCUGUCGAAUCUAAUGUGACUUGUAUGUGUUAAAUAAAAGUUGUA